UGCCACCAUGCCUGGCUAUUUUAUUUUUAUUUUUAUUUUUAUAGAGAUGAGGUCUCACUAUGUUGCCCAAGCUUGUCCUAUGGUUUUUAAAAGACCCCUGAAGAGACACAGGGCAGGGCCCAGAGCUCCCUUCCUUGCAACUGGGAGCAACUCACCCUCUGGGCCAGGCCAGUUAGGGCUGGGGUUGGUUGCUGGGCUCACUCCCAUUGGAAGCCAUGCAGCUUCUGGAGGUGACAAGCAAGGGCUUAAUUGGUGACAGUGCCAGAAGGGAGUUCUAAUUCCAGGGGCAAACUGGCCCUGAUACAAAGGCUCAGCAGUUUGUUCUCAGCUGGUUCUCUGUGAGCUCUCCUUCAGCUUGGGGAAUCUAAGGCUGGAGGGGCUGAUGGUGGGUAGCAGGAGCCACAGGGCCUUCCCCCGAGGGAGCAGCAAGAACCCGAGACCACAUGAGCCCUGUGCCCUCUUGGCUGGGGCCUGGCCUGACCAAUGGGUCAUCAAGUGCCCACAGCCAAAGGCCUGAGGGUGUGGGCCCACCUUCAGAGUCCAGGACCUUGGGACAAAGGCCAUAUUGUUUGAGCAAGGCUCUGUAAAAUAGGGCCUUUGAGAUGAAUUUCUGCCACAGCCUGCAAGGGCUGAUUGUUGUGCUUUUAGAGACAGCAGCGAGCUGGGGAGUUCGGGGAGGGACAGGGAGCAUCCUGGGGCUGGGAAUGCCUCCUGGAGAAGGUCUUCCGCAUGGGCAUGGAGGCGAGACUGAGGCUGGGGCUAUAGCUGAGCCGCUGGAGAGGCUCCUCAGGCCACAGCCAGGCUGCAGGGAUUGGUACUGCUUCCCCACCAGGCUCCCCAGCUCAUGUGAGUCCUGCCCCUGGGGUCUGCUCUCCUGUGCCAGCAUGGCUCAGUGGCUCUCAUCACCUGCUAGACUGAGCCUGGGUCUGCCAACUCAGGGUCUGGGGUCCCCUGGGAUCUGGCCACAGACUGCCCUUCCCACUCUUUCUGGGCACAGUCUUGGUUGCAUCCUUCCUGGGGCCUGCCCGCUUCCACUGCAGUCGGGCCCUCCCUUUUUGUCCAGUCUACACCUUUCUGGUAAACCCUCUUGGCUUGCCAGCCAGCCCCAGCCCAGUGCUCUGGGGCAGCAUUCCCACAGGCCUGUGUCGGCUUGUCUCCCUGCUGCCUCGGGUAGUCCCCAAGGCUGCCCUGGGCCGUGAGCCUCUCUAGAAGCAUCUGUGCAUCAUGAUCAGGAAAGAACCAUUUUCCUAAGAAGAGGAUUGGUGCCCAGGAAGGUGCAGGAGAACUCACCGGCCCAGAAGGCGGGCCUGGAGGCCUACUUUGACUUCAUCCUCACCAUUGGGCAUGCGAGGCUGAAUGAGGAUAAUGACACACUGAUGGCGCUGCUGAAGGCCAAUGUGGAGAAGCCUGUGAAGCUAGAGGUGUUCAGUACGAAGACCAUGAGGGUGCGCGAGGUGGAGGUGGUGCCCAGCAACAUGUGGGGCGGCCGGGGCCUGCUGGGUGCCAGUGUGCGCUUCUGCAGCUUCAGCAGGGCCCACGAGUACGUGUGGCACGUGCUGAAUGUGGAACCAUGUUCACCUGCCGCCCUUGCCGGCCUGCAGCCCUACACAGACUAUGUGAUUGGUGCAGACCAGCUCCUCCAGGAGUCUGAAGACUUCUUUACGCUCAUCGAGUCCCAUGAAGGGAGGCCCUUGAAGCUGAUGAUUUAUAACACUGAGACUGACUCCUGCCGGGAGGUGACUCUAACUCCCAAUGCAGCCUGGGGUGGAGACGGCAGUCUGGGGUGUGGCAUCGGCUACGGGUAUCUACACCGGAUCCCAACUCGGCCCCCCAGCUACCACAAGAAGCCGCCUACUGCACCACCACCGGGUGCCCCACCACCGGGUGCCCCGCCACCGGGUGCCCCGCCACCUGGUGCCCUGCCACCUGGACCCAUCCCACUGGACUCUCCUGCCCUGGAGAUAUGUUCCAGGCAGAGUGAAUACGUGGAGGCCCUAUUGCAGGCCCCUGGCUCCUCCAUGAAGGGCCCACUUCCUGGGCCUGGGAAUCUCAGCCAUGAUGCUCCAGACCUUGGGGGACUUCCACGUUCCUUGGAGACUCCUCUUCACCCUCCACCUCCAGUGCAGCGAGUCAUGGACCCAGGCUUCCUGGACGUGUCAGGUAUUUCACUCUCGGACAGCAGCAAUGCCAGCGUGUGGCCCAGCCUGCCCUCUUCCACAGUGCUGACUUCCACAGCUGUCUCAGCCUCAGGGCCAGAGGAUGUCUGCUCUAGCAACAGUUCUCACGAGCGGGGCGGUGAGACCACGUGGUCUGGGUCAGAGUUUGAGGUCUCCUUCCUGGACAGCCCAGGUGCCCAAGCCCAGCUGGAUCACCUACCUCAGCUGACCCUUCCCGACAGUCUCACCUCUGCAGCCUCACCAGAAGACGGGCUAUCUGCCGAGCUGCUUGAAGCCCAGGCUGAGGAGGAGCCAGCAAGCACAGAGAGCUCAGAUUUCGGGGUGGAGGUUGAGGGGCUGGCCAAACAGGCCCAAGUCUCUACCCCAGAAUAAUACCCUGGGCUGUGACAGGGCUCUUAAUGACAUUUCAUGAGGCCCAGAUGUGGGCAGGCAGCCCAGCUCCUGCGUGAUCCCAUCCCUGUAUGUUCAGCUUCCUAGGCAGCAGUUCCAGGUGACGUGCAGGGACUUCUGCUGGCAGGGGGCUUGUGUGUCUGCUCAGGCCCUACUUCUGGUUUCUGGGAGAUGACCUCCCAGCAUUUAUCCUGACUGAUUUCCUGGUUUGGGGGGUUUCAAAGAAGUCCUUCUGGGGGGAUAGAGGGCUGGGAAUAGCACCCCGGACUAUGUUUUGUAGGAGAUAGGGGAAGGGGAAGGAUUCGCUGCUUAGGUGGGAUAUGAAGCCUUAGUGUAUAGUCAAGAGGAGGUCAUCUUAUGGCCAUGCCCCCUUGGGUCCAGUGCUUGUUCCUGCUCUGGUCACUGGUGCUACCCAGGAGGCAGCAGAGUCAGGUCAUAAUCUAGCAUGUAGACGGGGUGAGGAAGGAAAAGGGUUGGUGUUGAGUGUUGGCCUGAUUGCUUUGAUCAUUCCUGCAUAGCUCAGCCAGCUCUGUCUGUACUGGAAGGGGCCCCCAAACACCCAUCACUGACUCUGUCAAGUGCCCGCAUCCCUAUGCUACACUGCCAGUUGGCUCAGGUUAGCCAACAUGCCAGUCAUGGUUGGAGGAGAGAGGCAGUGUACUUGCCCACCUCUCCUGGAGGGAGGCGGGUUGGAAGUUCUAGGCCCUUUAGUAGCAGAGACCCACUUGUGCCAGAGACCAUGAUGCUUCUUCUUCCCCAGGGUCUACAUGCCACAGAGCUAGUAUCCGCAGUGGCGACACCUGCUAGCUCCCAAACUUAACACUACUAUGUCUUCUAAAUAUACAAGGCAUCCAAAUAGCCCCAAUAGUGAAUUAAAGUUGCAAAUUAAAGUUCACCAUCCUAAGCAGACUCUCAAAGCCAACGGGGUCUCUUCACAUACAGCCCCCAACCCAAGGAGAAAUUAGGGGCAUAGACAAGAGUGGGUAAGGGCCCUUCUGUUCUUUCCUAUAGUAUGGGAGGAAGCUGUUCUGCCCACCCCCAGGUGCCUUUGGAGGCUAAGGCUAGGGACUCAGUUCCUGUGGAGGAGGGAUGGCCCCUUACCAGCUGCAGUCUCAUACUGCUUUGACUGGAUCCUCACCGUCCUAUCCAUGCUCCUUGCUAAUAACUGUGAAAGCUGCCUCUGGCCUUGUCUUCUAGCCUCUUCCCAGUUUAAAGUCUCACCUUUGUAGCAUGAUUUGUAAUGUUGGUGUAUGUAUAGGGAACUCACAAGCUCUGGCAGGUCUGCAGGACAAGGGCUGUCUGUUCCCGGGUGGGUGGGCACAGACCAACUAUAUGGAGAGGGCCCCAAAUCAACAAACACUAAGUUUUAGGCACUGUGACUACAUUUAAAGCAAACCCUUGUCAAGCCUACCAGAGCAGCCAAUAAGUGUGCAGAACAGUGAGCCAUUGUUGUGUCCUGGAUUGUCUGGGAGCCCCGUGUCCAGUCUGCAGGAAUGCAGGAAGUAGAACAGGAUUGCCACAGGGCUGUUCUGGGGCCAGCUUCCCUUAACUCUAGCCUGGCAGUCGGACCCACAGUUGCCCUCACCUGAAGGUUCUGGCUCUUCCCUCCCUCAUUUUUACUUUCCCCUCCCACUUAAACUGGGGGAUAAAAUGGGUAACAAUCCUACUUUCCAGGGUGGACAUGAAACCAGAGGUUUCUUACUUUUCUCUGUAAUCUAUAAAGGAAAAUGACAAGUGAAAAAAAAUAAAUGUGUACUACACUUUGAAAUA